AGGCUUUUAUUUUAGAGUUUCAUGACAGCGGAGAGAGAAACGUUUCUCUCUCUAUUCUCUAAUUUUCUCUUUGUUUGCCAUCUUCUUUGGUUGGGUGGCUGGCUCUUUUCUCUAUAACUAUGUCUUCCUUCUCUUCUUAACAAUGUACAAAUGUUCAGCUUUCUCUCAUCUCUAAAUCAAAUUAAUAAUAGCCUCAAUUUCCCUUCUUUCUUUCUCCCUGUAUUGCUGUAAAGCUUGCGUUUUUAUCAGAAAAGUUGUGUUUUUAUAUUUGUUUUGAUUUAUGAUAUAUAUUAUUCAUCUUCCUCAUUUCUCUCUCAUCACCUCUUUGUGUCAUCUGACCCUCAUAGGAGGAAAAAUCUAAUAUAGCUCAAAAAAGGAAAUCUUCUUUGCACAAAAGAGGGAACGCAAGGAUAAAUUACAACUUUUUUUAAGAGAAUGAAUGGUCUCACACAUCUUCAGCCCGAAUCUUCUGAGUUUGUUGAAGUUGAUCCAUCUGGAAGAUAUGGCAGAUACAAUGAAGUUCUAGGCAAAGGAGCUUCUAAGACAGUUUAUAGGGCAUUUGAUGAAUAUGAAGGAAUUGAAGUUGCUUGGAACCAGGUCAAGCUUUAUGAUUUCUUGCAAAGUCCUGAAGAUCUUGAAAGACUUUACUGUGAAAUUCAUCUCCUCAAGACAUUGAAGCACAAGAACAUUAUGAAGUUCUACACUUCUUGGGUUGAUACUGCAAAUAGAAACAUCAACUUUAUCACUGAAAUGUUUUCUUCUGGGACUUUAAGACAGUAUAGACUAAAACACAAGAGAGUUAACAUUAGAGCACUGAAACGUUGGUGUAGGCAGAUCUUGAAAGGACUUUUCCAUCUCCAUAGCCAUGACCCUCCUGUGAUUCAUAGGGAUCUCAAGUGUGACAAUAUUUUUGUAAAUGGGAACCAAGGAGAAGUGAAAAUUGGAGAUCUAGGGCUUGCUGCUAUUCUUAGAAAGUCUCAUGCUGCUCACUGUGUUGGGACACCAGAGUUCAUGGCUCCAGAAGUGUAUGAAGAGGCCUAUAAUGAAUUAGUUGACAUUUAUUCAUUUGGCAUGUGCAUUUUGGAAAUGGUUACCUUUGACUAUCCAUAUAGUGAAUGCACCCAUCCUGCUCAAAUUUACAAGAAAGUUACCUCUGGGAAAAAGCCAGAUGCUUUGUACAAAGUGAAGGAUCCACAAGUGCGACAAUUUGUUGAGAAAUGCCUUGCAACUGUGUCCCUGAGGCUUUCUGCUAGGGAGUUGCUGAAUGACCCUUUUCUGCAAAUUGAUAAUUGUGAGGUUGAUUUGAGCUGGCUAGAUUGUGGGAGAAAAAUCGAUGAUUUGGGCCCUCUCAUAAGGCAACCUUAUGAACUUCAUCAUAGUAGCAAUUCCUUUAGUAAUGCAUACUCGAAUGGUUAUGGCUAUGAACCCCAAAAUGAGUGCAGGUAUCCUCCAGUUGAGGUUGAACCAAACGGAAUUGAACUUUUUGAGUAUCAUGAUAAUGAAGACAAUCAUUCCACUAACCGUGACAUUAGUAUCAAGGGGAAAAGGAGAGAUGAUGAUGGUAUCUUUUUAAGACUCAGAAUUGCGGAUAAUGAAGGUCGUAUCCGGAACAUAUAUUUCCCAUUUGACAUUGAAACUGAUACUGCAUUGGGCGUGGCAACUGAAAUGGUUGCAGAGCUAGAUAUUACUGAUCAAGAUGUGACUAAAAUAGCAGACAUUAUUGAUGGGGAGGUUACUUCCUUGGUACCUGAAUGGAGGCCGGGGCCAGGAAUAGAAGAAACACCUCGAUUUGCAAAUCAAAAUUUCUGCCUUAAUUGUGCUUCCAACCGGACCUCUACUGGCUCCUUCAUGGAUUAUCUUUCUAAUAAUCAUGGUGCCAAGAACCUGCAAAUUCUUCAAUGUUGUAGAAAUGGAUGUGCUUCAUUGCAUGGCCGGUUUGAAGAGAUUACCUUUGAAGCUGAAGAAUCUGAGCAACGUGUGACUGAAGGUGCCCCGAAUGAAUUUAACCAUGCGGACUACCUGAAUUAUCAGGAAAUUUGGGGCCAACAUGAAAGCCGAGAACUUAGUUCAGUUGAGUCUGGAAAUAGCCAUUCUGAUGAAGAAAAUGAAAAAUCCGAUCAGUCAUCAUUAGAAUUAAAAGAGGAAAGAAAUAUUGAGAUAAAUGCAAGAAAGUCAAAUAGAGAUUUGGAUAGUUCCGGUUCUUCGUCUGUGAUUCCUUCAGUGUAUUCUGACCUAUCUGAUAACCAUGAGAUGGAAAUCCAGCAGGAGUUGAGAUGGCUUAAGGCAAAGUAUCAGAUGGAAUUGAGGGAACUUAAAGAUAAACAAUUAGGAGGUGCAUCAAAAUCUUCAGGUUUUAGCAACAACAAAAACAAAACAAGUGAUGGCAUUUUGUCAUAUGUCUUACCGAACUCUUUACAAGGAACCAAAAAUGGAAGCUCAAUUUGCCAUGAUCUUGUCAAUAAGAGCUGCAGCCCCAGUUCAGACACCCAGAGGGCCCGAAAUCGCGAGGUGACAGAAGAAUCCCGUAGAGUACAGAACAAAUCUUUUCAUACUGGAUUUUUGCUUCCACACUCUCUUCACAGGACAACAUCCCUCCCAGUUGAUGCUAUUGAUUUAUAAUCUCUGUAAGCCACUCUUUGAUUCUUUUAAACAUUUCUUACACUUACAGAGGCUUUGUAAUUAUCAAAUCCAGCGUUCUUGGCCAAGUAAUAACAUAUUCACCUUCAACUUUCUACCUA